UUCGCUAAAUCAGCCAAUUAAGCGGCAGGAGGCGUGGCCGGCACGCCGGACUGGUCCGGAUACGUGGUAGCUGCGAGAGCCUUUUUUUUUUCGCUUCCGGGAGUGACACGUGCGAAGCCGGCUGGCUGGGAUGUCCUCUAGCACUGAAUUUGUGUCAGGAGGGAUAAGCCCAACAGCAAUCCACCAGGUAGGUAGCCUGGGGAUGAUGAAUGUCCAGAUUCUCAAAUGCCCCCGCACCAGAAGAGAUCUGAGUCAUACUCUCAAUGAACUUUGUUGGGAUGACAAAGCCGGCACCCAGAACAAAAAGAAAAGCCGGAGGCACCAACGCUAUAUGAUGCGCAGAGCACUGGAGCAGAAUAGAACCCUGGGAGCCAGAACAAAGGAGAAAGGCCUUGUUAUGACCAUGGAUGUCUCUGAAAUGGAUGGAAUGCAGGACUCCUUGUCCCAGGAAAGUAGCAGAAGUAAUCAGUUUCUCCAGGAGGGUGUGAUGACAACUCAGAAGUAUCCUUCCACAUUUGGCGAAGCUGCAUCCAUGGAGCUAGCCAGACAACCAUCAUCUUCCCAAGGUCUUCAGAACCUGCUAGCCUGCCCCAGCAUCUCAACAAAAAGUCCCAGUUCCUUCCUGUGCCUGAUGCCCCAGAAGUCUGUGAAGCGUGUGGCCAUUGAUUGUGAAAUGGUAGGCACAGGUCCUUCUGGAAAGAUGAGCGAGUUGGCACGCUGUACGGUGGUGAGCUAUGACGGUGACGUGAUCUAUGACAAAUACAUUCUUCCAGAAUCUCCAGUUGUAGAUUAUAGGACUCGAUGGAGUGGCAUCACCCAGAAGCACAUGAGAAAAGCAACUCCUUUCAGGGUUGCGCAGAGUGAGAUCGUACAGAUUUUGAAAGAUAAAAUAGUUGUGGGCCAUGCUCUCCACAACGAUUUCCGAGUCUUAAAAUAUUUUCACCCCCGAGCCUGGAUGCGUGAUACAAGCCAGUGUCCUCUGCUGAAGAAGAAGAUUGCAUUAACUCUGAAACCCAGCAUGUCUCUCAAGAACCUAGCUAGUCAGCUGCUAGACAAAAAAAUUCAGGUUGGCAAACGUGGGCAUUCAUCUGUUGAGGAUGCUCAGGCUUCUAUGGAGCUUUACAGAUUGGUGGAGUUUCAGUGGGAGAAACUGUUGACUCCAAGCCUUCCCAUGGGCCCUUCAGACAGCACUCUGGAUGGUAAUACUGAUAACAGUUGCUACAUGGAUGAUCAAUAUUGGCCCAAGGACCUUGAUAUAGACUGCAAAUGAAGAUUCCGGUUUUAGAAAGCUUGUAAAGAAAUUAUUCUGUUAUUCUGAAGAGAGAGAUUGAUUAAACAUGAGGAUUUGUGUUU